AUGGAGGAAGACGACUCGGUUUCACUAACUCUCCACACUCUAUCUUCAAUCAGAUCAAUAAUCAUCAACGCCCACACUCCCCUCCCCGUAAUCUCCUCUAUAUUCGACUUCCUCACUCGUCUUCUCAGCCAAAACAACUCAACGAUCCUCCACCACGUCCUCAAGCUCCUCUCCGACCUCUCCCUCUCAAGAAACGAACUCUCACCACAAAUCUUCGAUUCAAUCCUCUCCAACUUCCUCCAAACCUCCACCUCCUCCGAUGGUAUCCGCGUCGCGGGGGAAUCGCUCGCCGUUCUCGCGUCGAUAUCCGAACGAAACCCUAACGUCGCCGCGUUUUCGAGAAUCGACGGGGAGGUGUUCGCGUCGAUUUGCAUCGGAGCGGAUGUGGCUUCUCGGAUGUGGAUGAUUAGGAACGCGGAGAGGUUUAAUGUGCCGUCGUCGGUGGUUUUCACGUUGUGUUUCGGGUUCACGAAGGAUCCGUAUCCGUUUGUGAGGAAAGUGGCGAUUGAUGGAUUGGUUUGUGUAUGUGAGAGUGGCGGUUUUGAUCAUGUGAGUGCUGUAAAAGGUUGUUAUGCACGUGCUGUUGAGCUUUUGGGGGAUGCUGAAGAUAGCGUCAGAGCUUCUGCAGUUCGUGCCGUUAGUGUGUGGGGUAAAGUGUUGAUAGCAUCUAAGGAAGAGAGUAACAGAAGAGAGUGUUCUGAUGCUGUGUUUCUUCAGCUUUGUUCUGUUGUGAGAGAUAUGAGUGUAGACGUGAGGGUUGAGGUCUUCAAGGCCUUUGGGGUAAUAGGAACUGCAUCAGAAAGCAUUAUACUGCAAACACUUUCGAAAAAAGUAUUGAAAGCUGGGAAAGGGAAGAAACCGCAGGAUCAUCUUUCGAAUGAGUUUGUUGAUGCCGCUGCUGCAGCUGGAGUUUUCAUCCAUGGUUUUGAAGACGAAUUCUACGAGGUACGGGAAGCUGCGGUUGACUCUUUCCACUCCCUUUCAGUAAAUUCUAUCGAAUUCCCAGAUGAAGCUGUCUGCCUAUUGAUGGAUAUGCUAUACGAUGAUUAUAUGGUUGUCAGGUUGAAAGCUUUAGAGGCAUUGCAUCAUAUAGCAGACGUGAGGAACUUGAAGAUACAGGAAACUUAUCUGCCCGCCUUUUUGGAUGCUAUUAUUGAUACUUCUGAGAACAUAAGACUUACGGCUAGAAACAUUCUCAAAUUGGCAAAGCUGCCUGAUCUGAAGCUGGUCAACAAAUGUGUUGACGGUGUCCUAAAAAGUUUAGAGAUGUAUCCACAGGACGAACCAAAUAUCUUGUCUACUCUGUUCCAAUUCGGACAAAACCAUACAAAUUCCUUAGUCAGUAUAAUCAAGCGAUUUAAUGAAAAGUUAGAGACAGAUUCCGGGAAUAGAUGUGACUUCAUCAGCCGACAGGUAUCUGCCUUUCUGAUGGUCAUAAUCUCAGCUCCUCUCUCGAACAAACAAAGCGUCACUUCCAUACCGCCUUUGGCUUUUUCAUAUUCGCUUGCAAUGCUGGGAAAAUUCUCUUGUGGACUCCAUGAUAUGAUGGAUCAGGAUACUCUUUUGGCUUACUUGGCUCAUUGCAUUACUCUCUCUGCUUCUUCGGGUACAGAAUUCAAUAAAGCAGAUAUGUUUUUAAAUGCAUAUAGGCGCAGUACUUCAGAUCAUAGCGAAGACCCCGUCCUACUACCAAGGAAUAUACCUGCUGAGAGCAAACCCAUGGCUUCCGUAGCAGAAUUGGAAAUUAGAGAUCCAGCACUGAAUUCUGUUUGCCAUAUACAGUUGAGAGUGAAGGCUGCCUGGUUAUUACUAAAAUCAGAAUGCUCUAACGAAGCAUUCCGAGCGUUAAGGGCUUGCAAACAGGAGUUAGCAACUUUGACAGCCAAUUCCUCAGUCUCCAAUGGUGCACUAGAAUUUAUGUGUCAGUACGUUCACCUAAUCGAAAUUCUUACUCAGGUAUGGCCUCACUUCGAAUACUCAAGACACACCAGCACAUGUAGAUCUGUAGAAGUGGAACUGCUGAUGGAAGAGCUAGAUUUAAACCUGAUGGAGAUAAGGUGUAGAUUCACAGGUCUGUCUACGGAGUUGUCACUUGUAAUGGAGCUAGUAAUUUUAAGCUGCUUGUUAAGGCUUUAUAAAUUUGAGAUAUGCUACCGGCUUAGCUGCAAGAAGAAGCUAUCUUCAACAGUAUCUCAAUUAGAGCUCCACCAUGAACAACAAUGCACCAAGCCAUCAGAUUUUCUAACCGAAACUACAAAGUCACUGCAAGAGAUUGGGAGCUCUGCUGAUAUAAGUUGCUGUAGACUGCUUGAUCUCAUCAAGAAAUUCAAUUGCUUCUCCCCAGAACAGUUUACACUCUCUACUAAUCUGAAGUGUGUCAGUGCAGAGCUCGAGGUUCCUGGUAAUGGUCCUUACCAUCCAAUUUCCUUUGUGGCUGGACUACCCGUGGCUAUACCAUGCGAGAUCAAGCUACUCAAUGUGCCAAGGGAUGCCCGUUUGUGGCUGAGAAUAUCCAGAAGCGAUGACACUUGCCAGUUUGUGUACAUAGACCCAAACCUCUACAGUGGAGAUGAAAGAGAGAAGAGGUUCAUGUUUACUGCAGUAACUUGCAAGACCCCAAGGGCUGUUGUGUUCACAUUGCGAGUCUCAAUAGGCGUAGAGUGUUUAUUCGAAGACGUUUGUUCCGGGAAACAUCGUUAUGGUCCGAAGCAUCCACUGGUCUAUCUGUGUAAGCAAAGAGAAGUUCACUUCUCCUUUGUUUCAAGAACUAAAGCUCUCUAGUAAUCUUCUCUCUCCUUCUAAAAUGUGUAAGUUCCAAAACUAAACGAGAAAAGCAAAAAUAAUACUAUUUUUGUCUCAACAUAAGUGAGCUCACCAGUAGUCAUUACAAGAACAAGACCCGUUUGUAAAACAAUGAAACCUAUUAUUAUCUCUAACAACAAUCUCUCUUCUCGUGAUCUUCGAUAUCAACUUCAUCGCUUGAUGACAGUCUCCACACACUCUCAGAUUUUUCACCACUCGAAUCACUUCGCCAUCACCCGUACUGAUCAACCCCAACGCAACAGCAAGCUUCUCGCUGUGAUACCCCAACACCGUCUCCUUUUCUUCCUCUUCAACGUCGAACAUAACACACUCUGUUGUCGGAACAAAACCCAUAAGCCUCAUUUCAUUACCCAAAUCUUCAAGCUUUGCAUAUAUCUUUUCACUCAGAGGAUGAGAUUUAUCAUCAGCCAAAAACUCGUGCACCUUCCCUUCCAAUUCGAUCCAACUCCAUCCAGGAAGCUUCUUCAUACCUUUCUUGUUCAUCUCCGCUCUCACUUCAGCCGCUUCGUCCCAUCUCCCAUUAACCGAGUAUAUGUUUGAUAACUGAACGUAGUUGCCUGCAUUCCACGGCUCCAGAGCGAUGAGUUCUUUCAGAACACGUUCUGCUAACCGAGUUUCUUUAACCAGUCUACAUCCGGUUAGCAACGCUCCCCAGAUGAUCGCGUUUGGCUUCAUUGGCAUAUUGCAGAUCAAC